AUGGCCCUGAAAGCUCGAGCUCUGUACAGCUUCCAGAGCGAGAACAAAGAGGAAAUAGACAUCCUGGAGAAUGAAGAGCUACGCCUGUUCAGUGAUGUUUCGCUAGAUGGGUGGCUUCAGGGUACAAAUAGCCGCGGUCAGACUGGACUGUUUCCAGCAUCAUAUGUUGAAAUAAUUAAUACGCCCCGUUCUGGAUCUGUACAAGUAGACUACCCAAACACACCAUCAAAACUAUCCAGAUACUACACAUCAUGGGAGCUAUGAUGAUGACGAGGAAGAUGAUGAUGACUGGGAUGAAUGGGAUGAUGGACAGUCUGUUGCAGAAGAACCUAGUGGUCCAAAUGGUGUUCCAUACAAUCAGCCCCCACGCCACCAUUACCCAAGAGCUGAAUAUGCCCACCGACCACGGCCACAACUAGAUCGGCAAGAUAGUGUGGCAAGUUCGAAGAGGGGAAGUGUUGUAGGGAGGAACUUAAACAGAUUUUCUAGCUUUGUAAGGUCAGGCGUUGAAGCCUUUAUACUUGGGGAUGUUCCACAGCUGGGCAGAGUGCCCGAAACUCAUGGUAUUCAAAUGGGACCCAUGGGUCCACAGUGGCAGCUGGAUCGUAAUCCAUUCAAUUGCUCUGUGGAGGAACCCACCAAACAGACAAAGUUCAAAGGAAUCAAGAGUUACAUUUCCUACAGGCUUACACCAGGGCACACCAACUCUCCAGUUUACCGAAGAUACAAGCAUUUUGACUGGUUGUACAACCGGCUUCUGCAUAAAUUUACAGUAAUCUCCCUUCCACACUUGCCUGAAAAGCAAGCUACAGGACGCUUUGAAGAGGACUUCAUCCAAAAGCGCAAACGUCGUCUGAUCCUUUGGAUGGAUCACAUGACCAGUCACCCCGUUCUUUCUCAGUAUGAUGGUUUUCAGCACUUCUUAACCUGUCAAGAUGAGAAGCAAUGGAAAGCGGGCAAACGACGGGCAGAGAAAGACGAGAUGGUGGGUGCCAGUUUCCUGCUGACUCUGCAGAUACCUACUGAACACCAGGACCUGCAGGAUGUGGAGGAGCGUGUGGAUGCCUUCAAAGCCUUCUCAAAAAAGAUGGAUGAGAGUGUUAUGCAGCUAACCAGUGUGGUGUCUGAACUGGCACGCAAACACAUGGGUGGCUUUCGUAAGGAGUUUCAGAAACUUGGAAAUGCUCUUCAGGGUCUUAGUUAUUCCUUCCAGCUAGACCCGCCGUAUGGUACAGAACCACUCGUUGGUGCAAUCGCUCACACAGGGCAAACUUAUGAAAAGGUAGGGGAGAUGUUUGCUGAGCAGCCCAAGAACGAUCAGUUUCGAUUUCUUGAUACCCUGUCUCUGUACCAAGGAUUGCUGUCUAACUUUCCAGACAUCAUCCACCUACAGAAAGGAGCAUUUACUAAGGUGAAGGACAGCCAGCGAAUGAGUGAUGAAGGGAAAAUGGAGCAGGAAGAAGCUGACGGAAUCCGGAAGAGGUGCCGCGUAGUGGGAUUUGCUUUGCAAGCAGAGAUUAACCAUUUUCACCAGAGGAGGUUGCUAGACUUCAAGCAGACGAUCCAACAUUAUAUAAAGGAACAGAUUGUCUUCUAUCAGAGGGUCAGCCAGGAGCUAGAGAAGACUUUACAGUUGUAUGAAAACAUGUGA